AGCAGAUGAACAGUUACAGACGUGAUUGCAGCACAGCUUCCGUUUUCCUGGGGCUUUUAAUAGUGAAACAGCUCAAAGAGAAGGCAGAGGGGAGCAGAGUGCAGGGAGGCAGCAGCACAGAGCCGAGCAGGAGCAGCUAUGGGGGACACCUUCAUCCGACACAUCGAGCUGCUGGGCUAUGAGAAGAGGUUCUUCCCCAGCCAACACUAUGUCUACAUGUUCCUGGUGAAGUGGAACGACCUCUCUGAAAAGCUCAUCUACCGCCGGUUCACCGAGAUUUACGAGUUCCAUAAAGCACUGAAGGAGAUGUUCCCCAUCGAGUCUGGAGAUAUCAACGCGGAGAACAGGAUCAUCCCACACUUACCAGCCCCAAAGUGGUUUGAUGGGCAGCGCUCGACGCAGAGCAGGCAGGGCACGCUGGCCGAGUACUGCUACACGCUGGUCAAUCUGCCACACAAGAUCUCCCGCUGUCUGCAUGUGGUCAGCUUCUUUGAGGUCCGGCCCGAUGACAUGAACCCCGUCACAGACAGCCAGAUCAGGAAGCCUGAGGUGUUCCUCCUGCCUAAGGAUGCAAAGAAAAACGCCAGCGACAUCACAGGUCCCAUCGUCCUGCAGACGUACCGAGCCAUCGCUGACUACGAGAAGAGCUCCAAGUCUGAGAUGGCUCUGAAAGCUGGGGAUGCAGUGGAUGUCGUGGAGAAGAGUGAGACAGGCUGGUGGUUUUGCCAGUUAAAGAACAAGCGGGGCUGGGUGCCAGCUGCUUAUCUGGAGCCACUGGAUGGUCCUGAUGAAUCAGAGGAGCAGGAGCCCAACUAUGCAGGUGAGCUGUACGUGGUGCAGAAGAGCUACACGGCUGUGGAGGAGGACGAGCUGACUCUCAAGGAGGGUGACACCAUCGAGGUGAUCCACAAGCUGCUUGAUGGCUGGUGGGUCGUCAGGAAGGAUGAAACCACGGGUUAUUACCCCUCCAUGUACCUGCAGAAAUCCGGGGAGGUGAACAACCCUGAGAAGAGCGGGCUGAGGAACCGCAACAUUCCUCCCCGGAGAUCCACCAUCCGCAACGCAAAGAGUAUCCACAACAAGGGACGGAAGCAGAUCAGUCAGGAAACCUACAGGAGGAACAGCAAGAAAUACAUGCAGAACCGGAGGCAGAUGAGAAGCAAUUUGCGGAACAAGGACAUCAUCUCUGAGAAAAAUGAGCAAGAAGAGACCAAGUCGAAGGCUCAGCCUGCUGUCCCUCCACGGCCCAGCAAAGACCUCAUCAUGAACCGCUGCACAGAGAGCACCAGGAGGAAGAUCAUGUGAAGGACCUCAAACCCUGCAAGCAGCUGUUUUAACUUCAUUUCUCAUGCAAUGGGGGCACAGAGACAGGCUGGGGGUCUGCAUGUCUCCCAGAGCAGCUGUGAGCUUGUGUUAGCUCUGAGCCAGGGCUUCAAUCACUGCGAGAGAACCCCAACAUGUAAAUAACGUGUACAAAAAGCAGCUUAGAGACACUUUAUAUGUGUAUUUCAAUGCUUUCGUGCUCUGUGGACGACUGAUCAAUAAAUAAGAUGCUGAAGCAAUGCUGUUCGAUAGCGA